AUGGUGACGCUGCCCCGCCUGCCUCACGCCCGCCCCGUGAUGGUGACGCUGCCCCGCCUGCCUCACGCCCGCCCCGUGAUGGUGACGCUGCCCCGCCUGCCUCACGCUCGCCCCGUGAAGGUGACGCUACCCCGCCUGCCUCACGCUCGUCCCGUGAAGGUGACGCUACCCCGCCUGCCUCACGCCCGUCCCGUGAAGGUGACUCUGCCUCGCCUGCCUCACGCCCGCCCCGUGAAGGUGACGCUGCCCCACCUGCCUCACGUCCGUCCCGUGAAGGUGACUCUGCCUCGCCUGCCGCACGCCCGUCCCGUGAAGGUGACACUGCCCCGCCUGCCUCACGCCCGUCCCGUGAAGGAGUCUCUGCCUCGCCUGCCUUGCCUGCCUCACGCCCGCCCCGUGAAGGUGACGCUGCCCCGCCUGCCUCACGCCCGCCCCGUGAAGGUGACGCUGCCCCGCCUGCCUCACGCCCGCCCCGUGAAGGUGACUCUGCCCCGCCUGCCUCAUGCCCUCCCCAUGAAGGUGACUCUGCCCCGCCUGCUCCACGUCUGCCCCGUGAAGGUGACUCUGCCCCGCCUGUCUCACGCCCGCCCCGUGAAGGUGACGCUGCCCCGCCUGCCUCACGCCCGCCCCGUGAAGGUGACGCUUCCCCGCCUGCCUAACGCUCGCCCCGUGAAGGUGACUCUGCCCCGCCUGCCUCAUGCCCUCUCCAUGAAGGUGACUCUGCCCCGCCUGCCUCACGCCCGCCUAGUGAAGGUGACGCUGCCCCGCCUGCCUCACGCCCACCCCGUAAAUGUGACGCUGCCCCGCCUGCCUCACGCCCGCCCCGUGAAGGUGACUCUGCCCCGCCUGCCCCACGUCUGCCCCGUGAAGGUGACUCUGCCCCGCCUGCCUCAUGCCAGCCCCGUGAAGGUGACGCUGCCCCGCCUGCCUCACGCCCGCCUAGUGAAGGUGACGCUGCCCCGCCUGCCUCACGCCCACCCCGUAAAUGUGACGCUGCCCCGCCUGCCUCACGCCCGCCCCAUGAAGGUGACGUUGCCCCGCCUGCCUCACGCCCGCCCCGUGAAGGUGACUCUGCCCCGCCUGCCCCACGUCUGCCCUGUGAAGGUGACUCUGCCCCGCCUGCCUCACGCCCGCCCCGUGAAGGUGACCCUGCCCCGCCUGCCUCACGCUCGCCCCGUGAAGGUGACCCUGCCCCGCCUACCUCACGCCCGCCCCGUGAAGAUGAUCCUGCCCCGCCUCCCCCACGCCCGCCCCGUGACGCUGCCCCGCCUGCCCCACGUCCGCCCCGUGAAGGUGAGCCUGCCCCACCUGCCCCACGUCCGCCCCGUGAAGGUAACUCUGCCCAGCCUGACUAACACCUGCCCCGUGAAGGUGACUCCGCCCCGCCUGCCUCACGCCCGCCCCGUGAAGGUGACUGCCCCGCCUGCCUCAAGCCCGCCCCGUAAAGGUGACAUUGCCCCGCCUGCCUCACGCCCGCCCCGUGAAGGUGACGUUGCCCCGCCUGCCUCACGCCCGUCCCGUGAAGGUGACGCUGCCCCGCCUGCCUAA